UAAAUGCGCAUUGAAUAAAAAAAAAAAAAAUGAUAGGAACCAUGUGGAUUUGACCAUAGCGACCUUCCUCGGCAUGUUUUUGUACGAAAAUUUAUUUGAUUAUUAUUUCGUCGUCGAAAUCAAAUUCUUUUUUGGGAAUUUGGACCGCAGUUUAUUCAAUGUCCUCGUGUCAAGCUCAUAAUAAAAAAUAAAACAAAUCACAAGAAUGUCUGAGAGUUAUAAAAAACGUGAUACUGAAGAGGUUGUUGAAGAGCAGACACUGGUUAAAGAGACCAAUGGAACACGAAUUGUUGCAAAGGCUAGUGAGUCAAUGAGAUUAUCUCCUGGUUGGAAAAGAACCAAUAAAUCUGAUGAUGAAUCCAACGGUAAAGAUGGUGUCUUGGAUCAUAAUGAUCUUGAUCUUAAUCCACCAAAUGAUAGAAUGAAAUUUCUUUACGUGACCAUGGUACUUCAUGGUAUUGGAGUUCUUAUGCCCUGGAACAUGUUUUUAAAUGCAAAUGAGUAUUUUCAAGAUGUCAAGUUGAAGGACAAUCUAUAUUUUAAAUCUAAUUACAUGUUUUAUCUUACAUUGACUGCUCAAUUGCCAAAUUUAUUUUUCAAUUGGUUUAAUGUAUUUUUUUCAACUGGAGGAGAUAUUGGCAAAAGAAUUGUUUGGGGUUUAGUUGUUGAAGCUGUUAUAUUUUUAUUCACAAUUGGAAUGGCCAUGGCUGAUACUGAAAAUCAAACAACAUUAUUUUUUUGGGUUACAAUGGGAUCUGUUUUUCUUUUAAAUACUGCAAACGGUAUUUAUCAAAAUUCUAUAUAUGGUAUGGCUGCAAAAUUACCGGGUAAAUAUACUGGAGCUAUUGUUCUAGGAUCGAAUCUCAGUGGAAUAAUUGCAACAAUCAUUGGUAUGAUAACAAGAGGGAUAACGAAAAAUUACACAUCUGCAGCAAUAUAUUAUUUUAUAACAGCAUUAUUUGUUAUACUUGCUUGUAUUGAUACUUAUUUUUCACUUCCAUUAAAUAAAUAUUUUAGAUAUCAUGAACGUCUUGAAAAGAAACAACAAAUUAAAACUGAAAUUUCAUCAAGAAAAGAAAAAAUACCAUUUUUGAUGAUUAUUAAACAAUGCUGGCUUCAAUUAUUAUGUGUAUUUUUACUUUUUUUCGUUACACUUACAAUAUUUCCAGGUAUUCAAAUGAAUAUUUUAAGACAAGAGGAUUCAACUUUUUUUAUUGACUCAAAAAAGUAUGUAAAUUUCAUGUGCUUUUUAUCAUUUAAUAUAACUGCAUUCCUUGGUAGUUUAUUGGCAACUUUGGUUCAAUGGCCAAGUAAAAAAUAUCUUAUUGUACCAAUAAGUCUUCGUCUUUUAUACAUACCAGCUUUUAUGUUUUUCUGCAAUUAUGCACCACCUGAUUUCGUAAGACAUUUACCAAUUUUAUAUCACAAUGAUUGGGUUUAUGCUAUACUUUCAUUAACAAUGGGUUUUUCAAGUGGUUAUUUUUCAUCACUUGCCAUGAUGAACUGUGGAAAAUGUGUUGAACCACGAUAUGCAACAGUAGCUGGUAAACUUGCUGGUGCUGCAUUAAGUUCUGGAAUUUUUGCUGGUAUUUUAACUAGUAUGGGAAUACAAAAAGUCAUGUUUUCCCCAAAAUAAAAUACACUUGUUUCAAGGAGAGAAAAAAAAAAAAAAAAACAAAUAGUUCAUUG